UGUACAAAGACUUCUUAUAUUCUAUUUGUAACACGCAAAGGCCGGUAACAGCUUUUGCCUUAUUUGCAAAUACAGGCCAUCUGUUACUGACUAUACGCGGUAAACUAUUGUUAUACUAGAUGAAUUCAGGUGUCGUGUAUAAAACAGGUCGAAUCAACAAGUUAAUAUGUUAAAAGUUAGAUUGCUUUAAGAUACGUGCUUAUGGAUUUUUUAAAAUGCUAAACACAACCUGGAUGGCGAGUAUGAUGAUUACUGAAAUAUAAAUGGAAUAGGCCAGUGAAUGAUCUUUUAAAGACAGCAGUUUCUUCUUUCUCUACACGGUUUCAAAUAAUGCACUGGUUGACAGUUGUUGUGCUAUUUGUGGUAACGGUUGGUUACCUGUUUAUUGGAGCAGCUGUAUUUCAAGCACUGGUGUCGGACAAUGAGCAGGAAACCAAAACAAUGUCAAGGGGACUGAUUAAAAACUUCCUAUCGAAUGCCACUUGUAUUGACCAAGCACAACUGGAGACACUGAUCACGUCCAUUAUAGCAGCCUAUGACCAAGGUGUUCUAGUAACAAACCAGACGGAUUCGAAUGACAACUGGAACCUUUGGAACUCGUUCUUCUUUUCGGCAACUGUAGUGACAACUAUUGGUUACGGUCAUAUAUCACCAUCAACAGUACGGGGACAGAUAUUCUGUAUCUUCUAUGCAAUCAUUGGUAUCCCGCUUAUAGGCGUGUUCUUGGUGGCUGUUGGGCAAAAACUAUCAAUUCCAGUGAAGAAAUUCAAGAACAGAUCAAAAUCGAAGUGGUCUCGAGUUCUCAAGUCUGUAGUGAUAUCUUUUCUAGGAUUUGCUAUACUCGUAUUGUUACCAGCGCUAGGAUUCCACAAAGCUGAAGACUGGACAAUGUUUGAAGCAAUAUAUUACAGCGUAGUAACUCUUACAACAGUAGGAUUCGGUGACUUUGUCGUGGGUCAGACUAAGGACUCGUACAGAAUAUGGUACAGAAUGAUUACCAUAGUGUGGAUAUUUGUCGGUCUUUCCUGGUUUGCAGUUGUCAUAUCAGAUAUCGGGGACUACUUUACUGCUACAGUCAAAGAACAGGAACAAUCUGUACGUAGGAGAAGGAAAUCGCACGACGUUGAUACAAUCAGGUCUAAAAAAAGUACACGCAGUAAUGGACAGUACAAUAAUUCCUUUUCACAAUUGUGAUGAAAUGAAUGACGGCAAUAGAGUCUGGAUUUGUAAAAUACCUCGCACUGAUGGCGGACUGCUGAAAAGGUACCGGUCUGAUAUAAUAGAAUCUGAUACCAUUCUACAAUGUUAAGAGAUUCUGUGUUAUUCCCACCAUAAAAAAGGGAGAGCAUGGACUUCGUUAAUAAUUUACUUGUGUUCUUUCCCUCAGGCAUUUUCGUGUAUUCCGUCGGUGAAACGUUAGUAAUAGUGCAUGUUUAUUAAUUGACUUUGAUAUAAGGUUAUUAUUUAUAUGUGCACUUUAGAGAUAUAAUGUUAAUUGGGAUAAGACUGCUAUAUGCUCAAUAUAACAAUGUUCCCACUAUAAUAAUUCACCUUUGUAAUUUUUUAUUAUUCCAAAAUUCACUUAAGAUGUGAAAUAAAUUAUGUAUAUAUUUAUUUAAUGUACACUUUGAAUUUAUAGCUUUUGCAAUAAAUUUAUCAGACAUU